CCGGGACUCACAAGAGAAGCACUAAAGUCAACUGGAUCCUUCACCAGGAGCACCAAGCGAACAGUAUCCUGUUCAAAAAAUAUUAGUGGUAAUCAACAGCAGAUUGUUUUGAAAAGAUAUAUGUUGUUUGCACCUGUCCAUAACCUCAGCGUUAAGCGAACUAAAUAGACAGGAUCUUUUGUGAUAAUCGACGUGUUGGUUUGAAGGUAAAUACUGGAUCGAUUUUUAGGUUGUGCCACUAUUGUAAACGCGAAUUAGACACCACUUGUAUCUGUGAAUGUGCUGAAUCAGGCGCUGUCUGUAGUGCUGAAACCUCAAGUGUAACGUAGUCUGCGCGGAGAGCGAACAACACAAAGGAACUAGAAGACAGACAGGCGGAUGGAAACCUGUUGGUGACUGGCGUUAAAGGACCACGCUGAAGCGAUUCAUUUAAAACAUGCAUUAAAACCAAGUCGCUUGUUUUAAUCAGCUUUAUUGUACGAGAAUCUGUGGACUGGGCAACGCCAGAGAGGGCUGAGAUCCAAGGAAACAGCCACAAGUGGAUCCGUGGAAGAUCUUUAAGAGCCGGUUGACCCUGCUUUCCCCGACUAUGAGUGCGUGGAACACGUUUCUUUAUGCGGUUUCAUUGCUAAUGAUUCUGUUAGUACGGUGUUGCCAGUUAGUCUGCGUUGAAGUUCCUUCAGACACUGAAGCCCUACAUGGAACCAAUAUGAAGCUUACUUGCAUUUCCUGUGUGAGGAGGGAAGAAGUGAAUACAGACACCUUGGUUACAUGGACCUACGUCAAUAAUGAUCAAGAGAUAUCAAUUUAUGAGUUCAACGGAGAGCCACGAGGGCUAAAAGGACCUUAUCAGGGCAGAAUUCUGUGGAGUGGAAGUAAAGAUCUGCAAGAUGUGUCCAUAACCAUAGUGAAUGUUACCCUUAACGACAGUGGUUUGUACCGGUGCACGAUCAAACGCUAUUUUAAUUAUAAGAUAUACAGACCAUCUGUGACAGAUGUGAAAGAUGUGCAGCUAACAGUACAUGAAGACGCCCUUGAAGAUUUCACUUCAUACAUUUCAGAAAUCAUGAUGUAUCUUCUCCUUGUUUUGCUCACUUUAUGGCUUAUUAUAGAGAUGAUAUAUUGCUAUAGGAAGAUUUUGAAAUCAGAACAAGCUGCACAAGAAAACGCGGCAGACUAUCUGGCAAUACCCACUGAAAACAAAGAGAAACAGUCAACCGUUCCUGUGGAGGAAUAGAAACAUUUGCUUUGGAUCUAGGAUGUAAUGGUCAUUGACUGCCAUCCUGGGAAGAUCAGCCACUAUCAAUGCAAUGGACUGAAUGUUGAAAACUAGAAAAAGAAACAAAUGUUUGGACUCUCCGGUAUUGAAUUCUGUGCCACUAUUUAUAACCAACAGCCUAUGGACAUGUGAUUAAAAGGAAUCAAAUUCUCUCUUUUACAGCACAUUUUACAAGGGAUUCGUGAACAUCCAUUUUGAGUCCACAUUUUCUAAUUGUACAGAUUUUAUUCCUUGUUGACAAGUUUGCAAAUGAAGUGCAGGCUAACUUAUGGUCUAUUUGCUUUCCUGGUAAACAGGUUUUAAUCAAUAAUGUACAGACAUUUAAUGAUAACGCACCACUUUAUUAUAAUUCCCAAUUCAUGUUAUUGACAAUUUAAAGAUAAACUUGGUUUUGGUCUGAAAUGAUAAAACCUGACUUCAUCACACUAUUUGUGACACAAACCCAUUUACAUUUGCUUAAUUUAAAGGGAGAUUAUUUGUGGAUUGUAAUAUUUCAAAUAUUACACAAACAUUGAAAUGAAACUGGUUUAUCCAAUUCUUGAUGAAUAGUGUGAUGUUCAUUUCCCUUCCAAGUCGUUGCAAUUUUGACCAAUAUUUUUCAGCAUCUAACACUACUUUUUUGUAACAAAGUACUAUGAAGUGCACGCAAGUUGCAGAAUAACUAGUUAAUAUUGUCUUAUACAGUGUUUGGAUAAGCUGGUAUUCGUGUUAUUUGAGGGAACAUGUUUAUGAUGCACACAUAUGGUGUGGCUUUUGCAUGAUUUGAUUUAUUCUGCCAGAUGGUACAUCCAAUUGUCACAUUUCACUAAAUGGGGGUGAAGGGAGGGGAGGGGGGAAUAAAUGUUUUCUGAUAUUCUGAUGUGUACAUAGAAAAUGAAACGUUUGUGAGUUUAGUGAUGAGAUUAAAACCUCCUUACUUCAGUAAGAAAUUCUAUAAAUGGAGUAAAAUAAAGAGCAUCAAACCUGA